AUGAGAUCAAAAGAAAAAAAAUUAUUUAGUGAUAAUAGUAGUGAUGAGGGAAGGAAAAAAAAACGUUUGAAAAAAAUCUCAAAUAAUUUAUUUGAAAAUGAGGAUCAAAAUGUCUUGAAUAAUUCAGAUGCAAAAAUUGUUGUUGAAAUUAAAGAUGAAAGUGAUGAUGAACUAGCAAAGGAUGCUUCUACUACUAAUAAUACAACAAACAAAACCAUUGAGAAAAAUUCCUCAAAAAAAAAUGCGUAUUAUGAUAUAUCUUCAUAUUUUAAACCAGUUUCUAAAAAUACACCAAAAGAGCAAACUGGAAAUAAUUCCAACAUCAAUAACCAAAGCAAAAAAAUCCCCCUCGAAAAUGUUGAUGAAUAUUUUAAUAUUAUAGAAACAGGAUCUAAAAAAGUAACAACUAAUCCAAAACGAGAAAGAAGUCAUGAUUCUGAUAUUUUAGAACAAAAUAGAUACAAAAAAAAAUAUGUAUUCACUGAAGAUAACAUUAUUUUACAAAAAAAUGAAACUAACGUUUCUCAAAAUUUUGAUUAUUUACCUUUUAUAAAUAAAAAGUUUGUCCUUACAGGUGUUUUCAAAACAUAUAAUAGAGAUGAUUUACAAAAUAAAAUUAAAGAACAUGGAGGAAGUGUAAUGUCUGCUGUAUCAUCAAAAACACAUUAUCUUAUACAUGGUGAAUAUUUAGAAGAUGGUAGAUUAUAUAAUGAAGGGAAAAAAUAUCAAAAGGCUUAUGAACUUUCAAAACAAUCUAAAUCUAUAAUUAAAAUAUUAAAUGAAGAAGAAUUACUAGAACUUCUUCCAAAACAAAAAAAUGAAAAUUCACAAAAUUACCAAAGUAAUACUGAGCAAAACCAUCAUAUAUUAAACCAAAAUAUGAAAAAUGAACAAGAACAAGAACAAAAUGUAUCACAUGUCUUAAAUCAAUUAUGGGUCGAUAAAUAUAAACCUACUAAAAUAGAAGAUUUAGUAGGAAAUACUCAGAAUGUUUUUAAAUUAAAAACAUGGCUAUCAAGUUGGGAUGAUGUAUGUAUAAAAGGAUUAAAAAAACAAGUUACUAAAACUUUUAGAGGAAAUUUUGAAAAUGUAAAUGCAAAAUGUGCGUUAUUAAGCGGCCCUGCUGGAAUAGGAAAAACAACUACUGCAAAAAUUGUUUCAACAAGUUCAGGAUAUAAUGUUAUAGAAUUUAAUGCAUCUGAUGAAAGAAAUAAAGCAGCUGUUGAAAAAAUUGGUGAUAUGGCAACAGGAGGUUAUUCUAUUACUUCAUUAAAUAAUAAAAAUUUGAAAAAAACUUGUAUUAUUAUGGAUGAAGUUGAUGGAAUGUCUAGUGGGGAUAAAGGGGGUAGUUCCGCUAUAUUAAAAUUAAUAGAAAAAACCAAAUGCCCAAUUAUAUGUAUAUGUAAUGAUAGACAAAAUAGUAAAAUGAGAACUUUAGCUAAUAAAUGUUAUGAUUUAAAAUUUACAACACCAAAUAAAAAUAGUGUAGUUAAAAGAUUGUUAGAAAUUUGUAAAAAAGAAAAUAUUAUGAUGGAACCAAAUGCUUUAGAAUUAUUAUGGGAAAGUUCAAAUGGUGAUAUAAGACAAAUACUCAAUGCUUUACAAUUGUUAUCUAAAACAUAUAAAAGAAUACAAUUUUUAGACAUAAAAAAAGAUAUAAAUAAUUCAAAUAAAAAUGUACAAUCAUUAGCAAACCCCUUUGAAAUAACACUCAAAUUAUUAAAUUUUCAUGAAUCAUCAAAAUUGAAAAUAAGAGAAAUCAUGGAUCUAUUUUUUGUAGACUACGAAUUAAUACCAUAUUUUAUAAGUGAAAAUUAUACAAAUAUUUUUAAUGAUAAUGAUAACUCGCCUAAUUCUAUGAAUAAAUGGAAUACAUUUGCACAAAUUUCUUAUGACUUAUCUUUAGCAGAAAAAAUUAAAUAUAAUUUAAAAACCACUAUGGAUUAUUCAUUAUUACCACAUUUUUCUAUAUUAUCGUGUGUAUGCCCUGUUAUGAGAAUAAGAUCUCUAAAAUCUUUUAUGCAAGGUAGAAUAAAUUUCCCAUCUGCUUUUGGAAAAAUAUCAACAUUUAAUAAAAAUAAAAGAUUACUAAAUGAAUUAUGUUUUAAUCUAUCUUAUAAACUUAAUGUUUAUCCAAAGUAUAUGAUAACUAGUGGAUUCCUUAAUUACAUAUAUUAUAAAAUUAUAGUUCCAUUACAAAAAAAUAAUGUAAAUGAUUCUAUACAAUUAAUGGAACAAUAUAAUAUAACAAAAGAAAUGCUAAUUGAAAAUAUACCAUCUUUAAGAUUACCAAUACAAGAAAAUUUAUAUGAUAAAUUGGAUUCGAAAAUUAAAGCUUCUUUUACUCGCCAAUAUAAUGCAACCCAUGUUGUUAAGAAUGAUCCAAAUGCUGUUAAAAAAAGUCUUAAAUCUAUUGAUAAAAAAUCAUAUAAAAAUAAUGACGAUGAAAUAGAUGAAGAUAUGGAUGACUUAAGUGACUCAAAAGAAGACAAAGAUGAUGAUGUUUUAGUCAAAACCAAGCCUGAUAAAAAAAAUACUACCAAAAAUAAAUUAACUACAAAACCAAAAACUUCCAAAAAAAAAUAA